CUCCUCCUUCCAGACAUGGAAUGUGCAGAUGUGCCUUUAUUAACCCCCAGCAGCAAAGAAAUGAUGUCUCAGGCUUUGAAAGCCACCUUCAGUGGGUUUGCCAAAGAGCAGCAGCGCCUGGGGAUCCCCAAAGAUCCCCAGCAGUGGACGGAGACGCACGUGCGGGACUGGGUGAUGUGGGCGGUGAACGAGUUCAGCUUGAAGGAGGUGGACUUCCAAAAGUUCUGCAUGAAUGGAGCUGCCCUCUGUGCCCUGGGCAAGGAGUGCUUCCUGGAGCUAGCUCCUGACUUUGUGGGAGAUAUCCUUUGGGAACACCUGGAGAUCUUGCAGAAAGAAGAGGUAAAACCAUACCCAGCAAAUGGAGUGAACACGACCUACCCAGAGUCCCGCUAUACUUCAGACUACUUCAUUAGUUAUGGCAUCGAGCACGCCCAGUGCGUGCCCCCCUCCGAGUUCUCCGAGCCCAGCUUCAUCACAGAGUCCUACCAGACCCUCCACCCCAUCAGCUCAGAAGAGCUCCUGUCCCUCAAGUAUGAGAAUGACUAUCCCUCAGUGAUCCUGCGUGACCCAGGGCAGACAGACUCCCUGCAGACAGACUACUUCACCAUCAAGCAGGAGGUCGUCACGCCAGACAACAUGUGCAUGGGACGUACCAGUCGAGGUAAACUGGGUGGCCAGGAUUCCUUUGAGAGCAUCGAGAGCUACGACAGCUGCGACAGGCUGACACAGUCCUGGAGCAGCCAGUCCUCCUUCCAGAGCCUCCAGCGUGUCCCUUCCUACGACAGCUUUGACUCAGAGGACUACCCUGCUGCCCUGCCCAACCACAAGCCCAAGGGCACCUUCAAGGACUAUGUUCGAGAUCGGGCUGAUAUGAACAAGGACAAACCUGUCAUCCCUGCUGCUGCCCUCGCUGGCUACACAGGCAGUGGACCCAUCCAGCUGUGGCAAUUACUGCUGGAACUUCUCACUGACAAGUCCUGUCAGUCCUUCAUCAGCUGGACAGGCGACGGCUGGGAAUUCAAACUGUCCGACCCAGAUGAG